UCACCUCAAAAAUGGGAGAUGUGGACUUGGAGAGUUACAACUUUGAAGAUUUAUUCAGUGAAGAGUUGAGUAAUUACAGUUAUGGCACUGACCUACCCCCUUUUCUACCUGAUACUGCUCCAUGUCGGCCAGAAUCCCUGGAAAUCAACAGCUAUGUUGUGAUCGUCACCUAUAUCCUGGUGUUCCUGCUGAGCCUGCUGGGAAACUCCCUGGUGAUGCUAGUCAUCUUAUACAGCAGGGUCAGCCGCUCUGUCACCGACGUCUACCUGCUGAACCUGGCCUUGGCCGACCUGCUCUUUGCCCUCACCUUGCCCAUCUGGGCCGCCUCCAAGGCAAACGGUUGGAGGUUUGGCACAACCCUGUGCAAGGUGGUCUCGCUCCUGAAGGAAGUCAACUUCUACAGUGGUAUUCUACUCCUGGCCUGCAUCAGCGUGGACCGCUACCUGGCCAUCGUCCAUGCCACGCGCACACUGACCCAGAAGCGCCACUUGGUCAAGUUCGUUUGUCUGGGUAUGUGGGCCCUGUCCCUGCUGCUGUCCCUGCCCAUCUUACUUUUCCGUAAGACCAUCCACCCCCCCAGUUUGGCCCCGGUCUGCUAUGAGGACCUGGGCAACAGUACAGCAAAAUGGCGGAUGGUGUUGAGGAUCCUGCCCCAGACCUUUGGCUUCAUCCUGCCGCUGCUGGUCAUGCUGUUCUGCUAUGGAUUCACCCUGCGCACGCUCUUCAAGGCCCACAUGGGGCAGAAGCACCGGGCCAUGCGGGUCAUCUUUGCCGUCGUCCUCAUCUUCCUGCUCUGCUGGCUGCCCUACCACCUGGUCCUGCUCGCGGACACCCUCAUGAGGACCCGGGUGAUCGAGGAGAGCUGUGAGCGCCGCAACAACAUCGACCGGGCCCUGGAAGCCGCCGAGAUUCUGGGCUUCCUCCACAGCUGCCUCAACCCCCUCAUCUACGCCUUCAUUGGCCAAAAGUUUCGCCACGGACUCCUCAGGGUCCUGGCCACUCAUGGCCUGGUCAGCAAGGAGUUCUUGGCCAAGGAGGGCAGACCUUCCUUUGUCAGCUUCCACUACCCUCUAAGACUCCCUGUCUACAUGUAG